UAAAAGGCGACAAAGAAAGGGAGAGCUCAGAGAAUCCAACACGGCGCCAUAAGAGAUAAAAAGGAGAGUGGAGAGAGAGGCGGAGGGCUUUUCGAAACCCUAGAAAUCGCGAGGAGAGUCUCUAUCUCUCAGCUUCGAAUCCGGUUUCUCCCUGAUAUUUCUCUACUUGGUUUCUUCGGCAGGCGUGGUCCCAGAUCGAGGUCUCCUCUCGAUUCCUGCGAGAAACGAGCUUCUUCUUGCUUUAGAUCUGGAAUGGACGAAGAAACGAGGUCUUUCUCUUGAUUUAAAGCUGGACGGUGGGUUUUCUUUGUUUCUCUUGCUGUUUCUUUGGUAGAUGUUUGGCACGGCUGCGUUUGGUUGGUGGAAAGAAGGGUUUUUGUGGGGUUCUGAUGAGAUGGGUUGUUUGCUUGUCAGAUAUUGUUGGAGGAUGAGGUCUUUGUGAGAAGACGUGAAGCGGAGCCGGUGGUGGUUGUUUGUUUUCUAAUUUCAAGUUUCUCUUGAUCUCAGCUCAAAUCUUUGAAAGUCGUGAGAUUCUGUGGGCUAAGGGGGUUUCAAGAAGGAAAAGUUGUGAUUUUUAUCGGUCUUGGAAGUUUGUCUUUUUUCUGUUUCAGCUGUUUGUUUAAGGGUUCCGAUGACUGAGGUCUAAAUUUUAUCUCUGAAAGGGUUUUGAGGCUGGUCUGAAAGGGUUUUGGGAGGAAAGGGACAGUCGCUGGAGAUGAUAAAGGAAAGCUUGGUUAGGCUUUUGCUUGUCCUGUUGUUGUUUCCUGUUUAAAAAUCAAAUCUUUGUACUGGAGCGUUUAGGGAUUCCGGGAAGUAUGUCUUCCUUGAGUAGGGAAUUGGUUUUCCUUAUACUGCAGUUCUUGGACGAGGAGAAGUUCAGGGAGACGGUUCAUAAGUUGGAACAAGAAUCUGGCUUCUUCUUUAAUAUGAAACACUUGGAGGAUCAAGUUCUUGCAGGGGAGUGGGAUGAAGUUGAACGGUAUCUGUGUGGGUUCACAAAGGUUGAUGACAACCGGUAUUCCAUGAAAAUCUUUUUUGAGAUAGGGAAGCAGAAGUAUCUUGAAGCUCUUGACAGGCAUGACAGAGCAAAAGCUGCUGAGAUACUUGUGAAGGAUCUCAAAUCCUUUGCAUCUUUCAAUGUAGAACUGUUCAAGGAGAUCACACAAUUGCUUACCCUGGAGAAUUUCAGGCAGAAUGAGCAGCUCUCGAAGUAUGGUGACACAAAGUCUGCUCGCAAUAUUAUGCUUAUAGAGCUUAAGAAGCUCAUUGAAGCUAAUCCGUUGUUCCGUGACAAGCUUAUGUUUCCACCUUUCAAGGCUUCAAGACUACGGACAUUGAUCAACCAGAGUUUGAACUGGCAGCAUCAGCUUUGCAAGAACCCACGACCCAAUCCGGAUAUCAAAACACUUUUUACUGAUCACUCAUGUGCUCCUCCUACUAAUGGAGCGUGUGCUCCUCCACCCACCAACGGCCCCCUUGUAGGACCUAUUCCAAAACCAGGGGCAUUUCCUCCUAUUGGUUCUCAUAGUCCAUUCCAACCAGUUGUACCUCCAUCUGCAAGUGCCAUUGCAGGAUGGAUGUCGAGCGCUAACCAAUUGAUGCCACACGCUGCUGUGGCUCAAGGUCCCCCAGGUCUUGUGCAAUCUCCAACCACAACAUUUUUUAAGCACCCAAGGACUCCUACAAGUAUUCCUAGUAUGGACUAUCAAACCGCUGACUCUGAGAACUUGAUGAAGAAAAUGCGCACUGGCCAUUCAGAUGAGGUGUCAUUCUCUAGUGCAAGUCAUCCUCCCAACAUUUAUACUCCCGAUGAUCUCCCCAAAACUGUUGUGCGGGUCCUCAAUCAGGGUUCCAGUGUCAUGAGCUUGGACUUCCAUCCGCAACAACAAACAAUUCUUCUUGUUGGAACAAAUGUUGGUGAUAUUGCAAUAUGGGAAGUUGGAUCUCGAGAAAGGAUAGGACAUAAAACAUUCAAGGUUUGGGAUGUAAAAUCUUGUUCGAUGGCCUUACAGGCAGCAUUGGUGAAAGAUGCAAUGAUUUCUGUCAAUCGAUGCUUAUGGAGUCCUGAUGGAUCUGUUCUUGGCAUUGCAUUUUCAAAGCAUAUUGUGCAGACCUAUGCUUUUAUUUCCAAUGGAGAGUUGCGGCAAAAAUUGGAGAUUGAGGCUCAUAUUGGUGGUGUCAAUGAUAUUGCCUUUUCUCAUCCCAACAAAAGUUUGUCAAUAAUCACAUGUGGCGAUGACAAGACAAUUAAGGUUUGGGAUGCUACAACAGGACAACGACAAUAUAUAUUUGAGGGUCAUGAGGCUCCUGUGUAUUCUGUCUGCCCUCACUAUAAAGAGUCUAUUGAGUUCAUAUUCUCCACUGCUACUGAUGGUAAAAUCAAAGCAUGGUUAUAUGAUUGUUUGGGAUCUAGAGUUGAUUAUGAUGCUCCUGGACACUGGUGUACCACAAUGGUGUAUAGUGCAGAUGGAUCAAGGCUAUUUUCUUGUGGAACUGGUAAAGAAGGUGAUUCACAUUUAGUUGAAUGGAAUGAGACCGAAGGAGCAAUUAAGAGAAUGUACUCUGGCUUUAGGAAACGCUCAUUAGGUGUCAUCCAGUUUGACACAGCUAGGAACCGCUUCUUAGCUGCUGGAGAUGAAUUUAUGAUUAAGUUUUGGGAUAUGGAUAAUACAAACAUCCUAACAACUGCAGAUGCUGAUGGUGGAUUGCCUGCAAGUCCUCGAUUGAGAUUCAGCAAAGAAGGCUCUUUGCUUGCAGUCACGACAAGUGAUAAUGGAAUUAAGAUCUUAGCAAACAGUGAUGGACAACGUUUGAUAAGAAUGCUAGAGAGCAGGACAUACAAGGGCUCUCGAGCCACUUCUCAGCAGAUUAACACUAAACCUCAAAUUGUUAACACGAUGGGUUCUGUUUCAAAUGUUUCUGGCUCUCUAGUGGCUACCCUUGAGCGCCCAGAUAGAAUUUCACCUGCAGCGUCAAUGAGUGCCUUGACUACUAUGGAUGCUACUAGAACAGCAGACAAACCAAAAAUCUUGGAUAAUGCUGACAAAUUCAAGAUCUGGAAACUGGCUGACAUUGUCGAUUCUAGUCAGCUCAAAGCUUUGCGGUUGCCAGACUCCAUGUCAACAACAAGCAAGGUUGUGCGGCUCUUGUAUGCAAACUCUGGCCUGGCUGUGUUGGCUCUUGCUUCCAAUGCCAUUCAUAAGCUGUGGAAAUGGCAACGUGGCGAAAGAAAUCCCAGCGGCAAGUCCACUGCAUCUGUUGCACCUCAGAUGUGGCAACCAGCAAAUGGUAUUGUUAUGACCAAUGAAAUAAAUGAUAGCAACCCAGCUGAAGAAUCAACUGCUUGUAUUGCUCUGUCAAAGAACGACUCAUAUGUUAUGUCUGCAUCUGGUGGAAAGGUUUCAUUGUUCAACAUGAUGACAUUUAAGGUUAUGACAACCUUCACAUCACCACCUCCUGCAGCCACUUUCCUGGCAUUUCAUCCUCAGGAUAAUAAUAUUAUUGCAAUAGGAAUGGAAGAUUCUAGCAUUCAAAUAUAUAAUGUCAGGAUUGACGAGGUCAAAACUGAACUCAAGGGUCACCAAAAAAAAAUUACAAGCCUUGCAUUUUCCCAGUCAUUAAAUGUCCUGGUAUCUUCAGGAGCUGAUGCACAGCUUUGUGUAUGGAACAUUGAUGGAUGGGAGAAGAAGAAAUCAAGAUUCAUUCGAGCACCAGCUAGUCAUGCAGCUCCAUUAGCUGGGGAAACCAGGGUUCAGUUCCACAAUGAUCAGGCACAUCUCUUAGUUGUGCACGAAAGCGAACUUUCAGUCUAUGACAGCAAACUUGAAUGCCUUCGCUCGUGGUAUCCUAGAGAUGCCCUUGCCGCACCCAUUUCAUGUGCGAUAUACUCCUGUGAUGGCCUGUUGGUAUAUGCUGGAUUCCGUGAUGGUGCAGUUGGAGUUUUUGAUGCAGACAGCCUGAGGCUCCGAUGCCGCAUUGCACCUUCUGCCUAUACAUCCCCUUCAGUUCCCAGCACCAUGACAGUCUAUCCUUCGGCAAUUGCUGCCCAUCCAUCUGAAGCCAAUCAAAUAGCAUUGGGAAUGAGUGAUGGAGCAGUCCAUGUGGUGGAACCAUCAGAUAUAGAACCAAAAUGGAGAGCUCUGCCCUCCCAGGACAAUGGAACCCUCCCAUCCAUCCAUCUCAAUCCAGCUUUGAGCAAUCAGGUAUCAGAAGCUCCUCCAAGGUGACAAAACCAGUGUACACGUGUAUAGGGAGGUGAACAGGGCAACCGACUGGGUCGCCUUCUACGCAGCGCAACAUUCCGGAGAGAUCAUCUAGAUGCAUCAGGGGACUAGCCCUUUACAAUUAUGCCAUUUUGUAUCUCUUAACUCUGCUGGCUGCACCUACACCAGGGUAGGGUGCCGUUGUACCCAAAAAAAAAAAAAAAAAAGGUAACAAAACCAGUAGCUCUCGAGCUAUGCGGGCGAUCAACCUUUUUAUCUGACACCUUGCUGUCAAGGGAGAUUCAAUGUCUUCCCAGUUGUAAAGCUUGUUAUAAUUUGUUGGGGUUUUGAUUUUUUUCUUCUUAGAAGCCGGAAAAGUAUUUUCAGGUUCACAAUAUGUAAGAUAUGGAGUGCGCAUGGUAUGGACUAGUCUAAUUCUUUUUGUUCAUAGAGUAGUCAAUGCAUAAACCCUGAUGAUUUGUUGUUUUUGUUGCA